AUGGGGAUCAAGAAAGAGGAGGAAAAGGACGAGAUGGUGGCAGAAGAUGGCAAAGUGGAUUACAAGGCUGAGCAGAAGUUUGCCGAACACGUGAAAGAAAAAAGCGAAGCCAGCAGCGAGUUCGCCAAGAAGAAAUCCAUCCUGGAGCAGAGACAGUAUCUGCCCAUCUUUGCUGUGCGGCAGGAGCUGCUCUCCAUCCUCAGAGACAACAGCAUUGUGAUUGUGGUGGGGGAGACGGGGAGCGGGAAGACGACGCAGCUGACGCAGUACCUCCACGAGGAUGGCUACACAGACUAUGGCAUGAUCGGCUGCACCCAGCCCCGCAGAGUGGCGGCCAUGUCGGUUGCCAAGCGGGUCAGUGAAGAGAUGGGGGUGCGCCUGGGAGAGGAGGUGGGCUAUGCCAUCCGCUUUGAGGACUGCACGUCUGAGAGCACAGUGAUCAAGUACAUGACAGACGGGAUCCUGCUUCGCGAGUCGCUGCGAGAGGCUGACCUGGACAACUACAGUGCUAUCAUCAUGGAUGAGGCCCACGAGCGCUCGCUCAAUACGGACGUGCUCUUUGGCCUGCUUCGGGAGGUGGUGGCCCGACGCUCGGACCUGAAGCUGAUUGUCACCUCGGCCACCAUGGAUGCCGAGAAAUUUGCCUCCUUCUUCGGGAACGUUCCUGUUUUCCACAUUCCCGGGCGCACUUUCCCCGUCGAUAUUCUUUUCAGCAAGACCCCCCAGGAGGACUACGUGGAGGCUGCGGUGAAACAAGCCCUGCAGGUCCAUUUGUCUGGUGCUCCCGGAGACAUCCUCGUCUUCAUGCCUGGCCAGGAGGACAUAGAGGUGACCUCAGAGCAAAUUGUGGAGCACCUUGAGGAGCUGGAGAAGGCGCCUGCUCUUGCUGUGCUGCCUAUCUAUUCUCAGCUACCGUCGGACCUGCAGGCCAAGAUCUUCCAGAAGGCUCCGGAUGGGGUCAGGAAGUGCAUUGUUGCCACCAACAUUGCAGAGACCUCACUGACGGUGGACGGCAUCAUGUUUGUGAUUGACUCUGGCUACUGCAAGUUGAAGGUUUUCAACCCCCGUAUCGGCAUGGAUGCACUGCAGAUCUACCCCAUCAGCCAAGCCAAUGCCAAUCAGAGGGCGGGCCGAGCUGGCCGAACGGGCCCAGGCCACUGCUUCAG